GGCGAGCGAUGGGCUGCGUGCAAUUGCGGCGCGCCGGGUGCUCCUGUGCGAGCUGGCGGGCUGGCAAAGCCCGCCCGCGGGGGGCCGCGCCGCCAACAAGGCCGGCGCAUAACCCUGCCUCGUGUGUGUUUUCCUACAUGGGCAAGGGCGGCGGGCUUGCCGGGGCUUUGUCUGCAGACAGUGCGCGGCCAUUGGGCGGGUGGGCGGUUGUGGCCUUGGCCCAUCUUCAGCCGUGCGGGCGGCGCGCGUCCCGGCCGGCUUCAAUCUUCACCCAGGGCCCCAAGUCAUUGCGCCGGCUGGCCUCCCUCUUUGCUGCAGCUGCCGGGCCCGAUGCGCGCGGAACGGAUCGAGGACCCGAAUGAAUCCCGCGCGCGCUUCCGUCGGCCCUCUUGGGCUGCCCCCUCCCCCGUUGGCCGGCGUCCGUCCUCGCUAUCCG